AUGCGCCAUGAUAACCAACGCUCAAAUGCGCCGCCCGGGUUUCCCACGCCCUCAAAGAGCUCUGUUGCGCCACCCACAGUGGAUAUGGACACCGUUGAGUUAAGGGAUAUGAUGGCGAGCUCGCCGCCGCCCGAGCUGGAGCUCAAGGACGACAUCAUCAAGUUGAGCAUGAUGGGCGACGAGGUCGCCGUCAAGGCCCUUCUCGACAGAGGAGAGAUCACUGCACGCUGGACCGACGCUGACGGGAUCGGGCCACUACAUUGGGCUGCAAUCAACAAUCGCUACGCCGUGUGCAAGCUGCUCAUAGAGCGCGGCGCCGACGUCAACGCAAAGGGCGGCGACUCGGUCUCAACUCCUGCCAUGUGGGCCGCGCAACGCGGCCACUACUACACUGUCAACCUGCUCCUCCGGAACGGGGCCGACCCCCUACUCGCCGAUAGCAGUGGCUACAAUAUCCUGCACCUGGCCACAUUUGACGGGAACCUCUUGCUGCUGGUGCUGCUGCUGCACCAGGGCAUCCCCGUGGACUCGCGCGACCCGCUGAUGCACACAAGCCUAAUGUGGGCGGCGUAUAAGGGGUAUGCGUCGAGCGUAGAUCUGUUCCUGCGCUGGGGCGCGGACAUACAUGCGGUUGACGACAACGGCUUCACCGCGCUGCAUUGGGCGAUUGUGCGCGGCAACUUCGGGUGCAUCCAGAAGCUCAUCGAGUACGGCUCGGACCGCUUCGUCAAGAACAAUGACGGCAAGACGCCGGCGCUUGUCGCCGAGGAGCUCAAGACGCAGCGCGUCUGGUGGGAUGCGCUGGAGGAGUGCGGGUACGACCGCGAUGGCAAUCCGCUCCACCCCACCGGCACGAUCCUGGGCGUGCGCGUGCAGGACAAGACGGCCGUGCUGCACAAGUUCUUCUUUUGCUGGCCGACAGUCGUGGUCUGGGCGGUCACGAUGUGUCUGGUGCAGCUGCCGUGGUUUCUGGGGAUUCCGGCGGCAGGCGCGGUGGGGGCUGGGUUGCACUGGGUUGCGGAUAGGGCGCUGGAUUAUGGGGAUGGCGAGAAGGCGAUGUAUAAAACACCCUACUUGGCAGGUAUCUUUGGAGCGACGGCGUUCUGGAUUGCAGAGAGAUGGAUUUUCCACAUAUUACCUAAUACGUUUGGCACCGUCCCAUUCAGCAAUAUAUUCUUUGGCAUUUUCUUCGGCUUCUGCGUCUACUUCUACAUAGUUUGCAUGCUCUAUGACCCUGGAUACAUCCCGAAGCUCUCCAGCGUCACGGAGCAAAAGGCCGUGAUCGAGGAGCUCCUGACCCUCUGGAAAUACGACUCUGAGAACUUUUGCGUCCAAUGCAUGGUACGCAUGCCCCUGCGCGCAAAGCACUGCAAACGCUGCGCCAGAUGUGUCGCCAAACACGACCACCACUGCCCCUGGGUCUUCAACUGCAUCGGCGUCAAAAACCACCGCCAGUUCUUCCUCUUCGUCCUCUGCCUCGAACUCGGCAUCUUCAUCCUCGUCAACCUCGUCAUCACGCACUUCACGCUCCUCCCGCCAACCACCGGCUACCCCGUCUGCGCCCUCCUCGCGGAACCCUUCUGCUCACCCAUCCUGCAGGACCCAUUCACAGUCUACAUCUCCCUCUGGGGCUGCCUGCAGACAACAUGGGUCACAAUGCUGCUCGUCGUCCAGCUCGUCCAGAUCGCGCGCGCACAGACAACAUACGAGAGCAUGCACGGCAGCCGCCACCACGCCCACGCCCACGCAAGCUUCAACGAACACAAAGUCGCCGCCACCAUCGCGUCCACCAUCGCCGCCGGCUCAUCGUCCAUGGACGGCGCCCAGCUCACCCCGGACACCGCGGGCCCGACCCUGCCACCGCCCACGGCCACGCCCACCACGGCCACGGCCACGGGCGCGGCGGCGCACACAGCCAUGACACGUGCUGGACAAAGGUGA